GAGAGGACGUAGAGGGGGAGAGGAAAGGAUGCAGCUUACUGAAGUUUUCCUCCCUGCCGGUGAGCGCGCGGAGCAGAGCACGCGAGAGCGCCCACGCAACACUUUCACGCGCCGCAAAGCGUUUUAAUGUGACGCAUCCUCAAACAGCAGUGCAGCCGCUUUAUUUGACUUGUGCUUUAAUAUGAAAUGAACAGUGUUAUAGAAAUAGAAACGAAAUGGAACAGACAUCACGCUCAUAUGGACUAUUAUGUGAUGAUAUUUGUGCAUGAGCUGCGGAUUUCUGCUGACUUGAUGGGCAAAGAAAGAAGGCUGAGGAUCUAUGUACUUUGUUAACUGCCAGCAUUGGAGUUAACAGAUGUCCAUGUGAUGUCCUCAAUGCAAAAACUGCAGACUCAGAUAAUAAGGAAUGUGACAGGGGCCUGCCAGACUAUUCUUGAGUUGUAUUUGCUGUGGAUAUAUUCUACCACAAAUGUCAGUGUGAGGGCAGCAGAUAUUUGAAGAUGAACCUAACCUCUCACUUUAGAAAAGUUCUUUUUCCACGCUCCAAUUUGUUGAUUCUCUUUUGAGUUUUUUUUUUUUUCUCAUUUCAUCCUUUGAUAUAUUUCUGUGCAAGUGGGCUUUUCGUGACUAGAAACCUUUUUUAAAGAUUCUUUUUUCUAUUACGUUCAUUAAGCAUCGAACUGCAGGUUUCUCAAAGGAGGUACAUGAAAAGGUAACACCACUUAUCAGGUCUGAACGUUUAGUUCCCCAAUCACUUUAUUUUGAAAUCUAUGAAGGUAAUGGUUUGUGCUUCAGCUUACACUUAUCUGGCCUAUUGUUCACUUUUAGGGAUAUUUCAACAAUUGCAUGUGUUUUUUUGACGACCAAACUGGACUUGGACUCUGAGGAAGAUCUCAAAGCAUCACCUAGCAUUUUUAAGCUUUUGGAGAGGCCAAAGUUCAUCAGGUCAUAAUCUCACUCUAAACCUCUUCCCAUUGUAAUGUGUGGACUUUCUUUAUCAAAUAUAAUCCAGUAAUUCAGUUAUAGAACUUCAAGUUUUAGAGCAAAAUGACCCUUUCUUUUGGAGAACUGGGCUCUUGCCUUGAGACUGGAUGAAACCAGACUGAAGAUGGAUACAUGACUGUGACAGAAUGCCACUUGUGACUCUUUGAAUGUCUAAUAAUAUGAUUGGGAAAUGGACUUGCUUUGUGUUCCAGAGUUACAUUUGCUCAAUAUCAAAGACAAAAGAGGUCACAACUGUGGAAUUUUAGGAAAUGUUGACCAGUUUUCAUAUUAAUUGCAUGUCUCUCUUGUGUCUUUAAACAUCCAUCCAUUUAAAUAAGGAAAUGUGAAGAGGUCCUAGAGGGAAAAUUGGUCUGUAUAUGCAUGCUGUUAUAUUCAUUUAUUUCUUUAUUUAUUACACACAUAUGUUCUAGACUAUUUUAAUGCACGUCAAAUAUUUGUUCUUUUCAACUUCCCCUAUAUGUUCUAAAGCUUUGAGACUUGUUUAUAUUAUAUAAGUUCCAUACUUUCCUUCUGCUUCUUUCUGCUCCGCUUGAGCUUCGCCUUGUUUGUUUGUGCCUUUUAGUUGCUCACUUUCUUAUGUAGUUGCUAUAUGUUACGCAUAGGCCUAAAGCAGCAGCGUUUUCCCAGUCUGGUCUCUGCCCACCAACUGACCUUGUCAAAACUGUUUCUAAAGCUGAAAAACUGCAUUGAAACUGAAGUUUUUCUUUAUUCACUGCAUCUAACAACUUUGGAAAUUUGUGUUCAGUAAAAUCCAGGAAUACUGGUUUACUGAUAUCUGACAGCUACCUAUGGUGGACAGAUUGCUCAAGUAGAGACUACAUAAAUCUUGAAAAGAGGGAUGUCAGAGAUGAUCUCUAAUGCGAUUGUGUUCCGUCUCUGGGCAACUGUUGGCUGCCGGGAUCUGAAUGACAAUAAGGACUAUUUCAGGCCAUAAGCCUUGCUGUGGAAUACAAUCAACGACUCAUAUAUUGGAUAUAUCUAUAUCACUGCAAACAUUCUCACGAAAGCAUCCCAAUUUUUUAAUCCACUUUGACCCUGGAUUUAUCUGGCAAACUCUUGAACGCUUCUUUUUUCCCAGACAUUUUUUAGUCAGUCUGCCGUCGUCAGUAAUGGGAGCUGCUCGGGUGAAGCGGCGCUUCAGUGCAGUUGUGGACACACCUCUGGAUGAGGAGGAAGUCAUGAGGCUGGCGCAAAGUGACGAUGUCACUUCCUCCCAUUCGGGCGUGCUUCCUUCUCCCAACUGCAAUGGAAAAGUGCUCAACCUUCAUCACAGCAAUGGAGGAAGGAGUGGAGAGAGGGAUGAGGAUGAUGAUGUGAAGGAUGAUGAUGAUGAUGAUGAUGAUGAAGAAGGGGGAGGGAGGAGGGGGGGAGGAGGAGGAGGGCAUGGCUCGGCACUCAAGGGGGAGUCUGGGGCAGAAGGGAGGUGGGAGAGGAACAAGAGAGCAUCCUCGCCUUCCUUCUCGCCCUCGCCGCCCCGCGGUCGCCGUGGCCAGUCCCGCCGGCCCCGACGGCGCUUUGUAGGCAAGGACGGGCGCUGCAACGUCACCUUUGUCAACAUGAGCGAAAGGGGCCAGCGCUACCUUACCGACCUCUUCACCACCUGCGUGGACAUCCGCUGGCGCUGGAUGCUCGUGGUGUUCACCCUCUCCUUCUUGCUCUCCUGGCUUCUCUUUGGUUUCACGUUCUGGCUCAUCGCCGCCGCUCACGGGGAUCUGGCUGCUCCCCUGGCAUCAUCUUCCUCUUCUCCUUCGUCUGUUUCCUCCUCUCUUGCUCCUCUGCAAGCUGCCGGGGUUUCUGGCCCGGUGGAGAUGGAGGAACGCUGCUUUCAGCAGGUGAACAGCUUCAUGGCAGCGUUCCUCUUCUCUCUAGAGACGCAGACAUCUAUAGGCUACGGCUUCCGGAGCGUUACCGAGGCCUGCCCCCUGGCGGUGCUUGCUGUCGUGUUGCAGUGCAUUGUGGGCUGCAUCAUCGACGCUUUCAUCAUUGGGGCGGUAAUGGCUAAGAUCGCCAAGCCCAAGAAGCGCAAUGAGACACUGGCGUUCUCGGAUGUGGCCGUGGUGGCUAUGAGGGACGGGAAACUCUGCAUGAUGUGGCGAGUGGGAAACUUGCGCAAGAGCCACCUGGUGGAGGCCCAUGUACGAGCACAGCUACUGAAGCCACGGGUGACCCCUGAGGGUGAGUUCCUGCCAUUGGACAAUGCAGACCUCAAUGUCGGCUUUGACACAGGAACAGAUCGGAUCUUUUUGGUGUCACCUGUGACCAUCGUGCAUGAAAUUGAUGAGGAGAGCCCUUUCUUUGAGGUGGACAAACGUACACUAGAGGGAGACAAAGAGCUGGAAGUGGUGGUGAUUCUGGAGGGCAUGGUGGAGGCCACUGCCAUGACAACCCAAUGCCGCUCUUCAUACCUGGCCUCUGAGAUCCUCUGGGGUCACCGCUUUGAACCUGUGCUCUUUGAAAGGAAGAACUGCUACCAGGUGGACUACUCGUACUUCAACAGGACUUAUGAGGUCACGGACACGCCCACUUGCAGCGCUAAAGAGCUAGCAGAGAAAAAGUACAUCCUGGGCUCCCGUUCCUCCUUCUGUUACGAGAACGAGGUGGCUCUGCAGCUCUCCUCCUCUGUCCCUCCCUGUUCUGACCAAUUCUCUCCAUCCCCCUGUUCUUCCCCCUCUCCCUCACCCUCUUUCGUUCAGCCCACGCCACCACCUCGACAAGACUCCUGCAGUGAGCACCCACACAUACACUGAGCCAUGCGGCUGGGAUAAAAGGGCACCGGGAAAAGCAGCAGUCAAAGAAAGAAAAGGAGGUAGAGAAAGAAAGGAAAAGGGUCAGGAUGGAGGGAGGAGUUGGAACUGGGGGUAGGGAGAGAGAGAGAGAACCAGCAAAUGGACAAAGGCCUGGAAAAACAGACUUGGACAGGGGACUAAGGCAAAGAGGACCAUAAAGGGACAAUGUAGGACUGAUUAAUGACAAAAGGUCAUGCUUAAGAUGGGGUGAGAAAAGACAGAAUGCACAAAAGAUGGAGAAUAGAAAAGGGAAAGGGGCCUCUCACCGCCUGUGAGAAGAGAGCCAAAGAGCAAGAUAGUGAGACAGUUGGGCAAAUUCACUAAACAGUUGCACCAGUGCAGUAUUUCAGCUUCUGACUAUCAAAGUCCUUUUCAAGGCAAGUCACUCGGCGGCCAUCUUGGAAACACAGCUGUUUUCAGUCAUACAAGUAUAACUCUUGUCUAACCAGACUCACAUUUCUAUUAAAAUGUUCAAAUCAGCAAUACAAUCACAUUAAUGGUAUCAUAAGCUAAAAUCUGUAUAUUUCAGGUUGGUCCAGACAAAAGAGUGCCGUGGCGAUGACAUAUUUUUGUAGGCCAACCUGGAAGUUAGCAUCACUCCUUUGACAAAAACCCAAUACGAUUUUUCCAUUGACUUUUGGAUAAUUGCAGAAUAUAAGCUCUGUGACCAAACACGAUUCUUACACAUUUUGCUCAUCAUGAUAAUCUUCACAAAUGAACACAACUUUUAUGAAUUUUAAAGCCUAAAUAACAAACGCCAUUAGUAAAAAGCUAAAUGUAGGAUAUACAUGAACUACACUGUGGGUGCAUGACUUCAGUGUCACCACCAUUAAGCUUCCGACAACUCUUUCAAUCUUUAUUUAAAAUCUACAAGUUGGAAAGUCUAAAAGAGCAUGACUAUAAACACAACGAGGCUGUAAAAGCGGACUAGUGAGUAGAUGAGUUUGCCUGUUUGCUGUAAUGAUGAUGUCCCAAAUAACCUCUGUAGUCCCAUUUAGCCACUUGUUAUCAACCACGUUUUUCAACUGAUGUUAAAAUUUAAAAAAUCACAAGUGGGGUAUUAUAGUUAUUUUAUGUCAUAGAAGAAAACGUGAAAAUAUCUUGAGCUUGUGUUCACCACAGACCUUAUUACAGGCAUUCAACCAUAAACCUAUUCAAAAAACCUAUUGACUUAAAGGUGCAGUAAGCGAUUUCUGAGAAACUGCUGUUUAAGGGGCUGUUUACACUACACCGUUUUCAACUAAAAACUUAAAACUUUUUAUGUGUUUUGGCUGUUCAUUUACAUGACAUUUACAUGGUGUUUUGGGUGCCUGAAAAUGCUAACUUUUGAAAAGGGGUUUCAAAGUGCAAGGUUUUGAAAACAGUCUCUGAGUAAACAACAAAAACGCGAAUCUGUGAAAACAAUGACGUAAUGCACGAGUAUUAUAUGUCUAUAGUGUUUCAUCGCCAUCUAAUGGCCUGCCAGCUGAAUACAGCGUUUUUAGUCGUUUUGACGGAUUUAUGUGAAUGGAGAUCGUUUUGACAAUGGUGUCGUCUAUAUGCGGAAAACUCACAGGAAAAACUUCUCCGUUUAAGCAUAUCAUUUGUCGUGUAAACGUACCCUAAAUUUAAAAUCUCCAAAACAAACACACCCCUACCCAAAAGGAUCCAAGUAGUGCUUGCUGCAGAGCAUAAUGACCUCCAGCUCCACCUCUGGAGCUCAAGGGUGGAGCUUAACCUGUUUAAUGGGUGGAGAGAAAGGGUUAUGGGUGGGGUUAGGGUGUGGUUGGGGGAUGCAGCUCCACCCAUCAUGCCCACAGUAGGUCAAGAGAGGGGGAGCUGGAGGUUAUGGCUCUGCAGUGAGUAGCCUCUCAAAGGAUCACACCCCUAUCUUGAUAGCUCCGCCCCCAAAUAUAUGAACAGUGUGUUUUGUUUGUCGGUCUGAUCCACUUUCAACAGCGUUUCUCAGAAAUCGCUUACUGUACCUUUAAGGACAAUGAAACCAGAAGUUAAAAUGCUAACUUGUUUGCGAGUUUUUAGCUCAUUCUACAGCACUUUAGGGCUGUUUCUAUUAGCAGAUGCAGUGACGCUGUCACCUAAACAGCAAGAACUUUCAUAAAAGCCAAGAGAUGACUUUGCAGACUGGACUUCCUUUACUAGAGCCACUUCUUGGAUGUUUCAUUAUUCAUUCUAGUGGAUUCCCCCAAAAAGUAGGAGCUUUGUAGAGAGGGAACUUUCAGAUGGAGCCAGGCAGGAGGAGGCUAAAGUUUGAGUUGUUAAAGUUUGAGUCAGAGUGCCGGGGAAUGUAUUCAGGUCAAUCAGAUUGAAAUGAGGUCAAAGACUUAAUGACCGAAAACAGAUCGACCUGGUGGUGAAAUUAAAGAGUGAGGGGGAAUAUAGAGGGAUUGAUAGAGAAGGUCAUUUCGACAUGAGGAGAGCUGCAACACCAACCCAGUGUGCUGAUUGAACCUGGCGAUCUUUUGGAAUCAACAAGAGCUGCAGUGGCUCCAGCAUGUACCUGAUAGAGACACAACAGUGGCCCCCAGUGGCUGCAACCUGUAUGACCAAUUGUAGAAUUUAAAAAUGGGAAGGAAAUAUCUAUAACACUAGCCCCCGGUUUCACAGACAAGGCUUAAGCUAGUCCCAGACUAAAAUGCAUGUUUGAGCUGUUUUAACUGAAAGCAACUUAUACUGACUUAUCUUAAAAUAUGUCAGUGCCAUUGUUUUGUCUCAAGAUGCACAGCAGUAAUGUGUUUUUUUUUUUUUCUAGGGUAUGUUUAUAAAAGCUACUUAAAUGUCCUAAUUGAACUAAGGCCAAAUCCAAGUCUAAGUCCUGUCUGUGAAACCGGGCCAUAACCUCUUAUGGCAAUAUCAUGCACAAAUAAGAAUUUUUGUCAAAAAAAUCCUCUCUCAAAAAUCAAAUUAAUUGUUGCGAGAACUUUUGUGUUUUGUACUGAAUGUCAGAAUGCCUGCUAGAGCCACUGCAAAACAAGAAACUACUGAAAAUCUGCAGCAUUUUCAAGUUGUUUCUCUUAUGUACUGUAUUUUUAAUUUUCUAUUUGUUUAAGCACUGUUUUGUAUCAUGGUACAUAAAGAUUAUGUGAAGCACUUUCGUAAUUUGUAACAUACCACAUUUGUCACAACUGCACAGACCAAAAAUUAAUUAGCUAGUUGUAUGUAUGGAAAUGGAAUAACAUAUUGUAUGAAGAAUGUUCUUAUUUUUUGAAGGGUGUGGCUUGAAAGUAAGAGAAAAUAAUGUUGGAUUGCACAGCAUGGGGAAACUGUGGUUUGACUCAUUGGGCAGCACAUGGAUCUAUCAUCAGCCACUGUUUGGAUUGUAGACAUUCAUGUUUUGUGUUCCUUCAGUGUUUCAUAACAGCGUGUAGUAGUAGCUAUGGUAAAUGACUUAUUUACUCUCUGUAGUAUUGUUGUCAUGACUGAGGCAUCUGUUUUUUUUUUUUUUCUGUUUUCCAUUCAUUCUUAAACAACCACACAAGCAUCCUGACCUAAAGCAUGUUGCUGGACAGGUUUUUUUCUUUUUUUUUGUAAUUAGUUUGCCAGUGGUGUGCCUUUGAAAGUGAACCUGCUUGUUUGAGGUUUUAGGGAAUAAUGGAGAAAAUUAGGAUGUAUUAUGCUGAUGUUAAGUUACAGGCCCAGGUGGAAUCUAUUUUCCACAUUUUGUAUGCUGAUUUUUGGGAUAAAAUUAUGUAAUUCUAUAUUUGAAUAUAGUAAAAUGUGUUAAAUGGAAUUGAGACACUUGCCAAGUUUUCAUCCAAGGAUUUUUUUUUUUUUUUUUUUUUUGCAGAAAAAGGUUUAGCGCAUUCAAAUAUUUACCGAUAUAGCUGAUGGAAAUGCUGUUAUUGGUAACAUUUUGUGAGCAGUGUUGAGGAAAGUUACUUUUUAAAGUAAUGCAUUACAAUAUUGUGUUGCUCCCUAAAAAGUAACUAAUUGUGUUUUUUUUCACGGAAAGUAAUGUUACAUUACUUUUGCGUUGCUUUUUCUCAUCUGGGCUGGGCAUGCUUGUUUGUUUCUUAACAAAAAAUGAACAAAAAAAUAAACAACAACAACAACAAAAAAACAAUCUAAAAACAAAAAUACAAAAUGUAAAGGCCCUUUGACACCAAAAGUGAAAUGAAUAAGCCUCAGGCUGAAGGAAAUGCAAAUUCACACCUGUACAGUAGAGGGCGCAGCUCAAACAAACCUUUUAGCUGUGCUGCAAUUUUGGAUCACUGAAGAACAAAAACAGUGACAAGAAAGUACAAGAAAGUUCAACAAUCUAUUUCAGCAAAAAAAAAAAAAAAAAAAAAAAAAAAAAAAGAAACACAAAUGUGAUGUUUAUCUAAAGUCAUUUUAGUAUGGUUGAAUUGGAUCAUUGAAAGUCAGCAGCAAUGAUGUUGGUUAAUAAAGUGAGUUUAAUUACAUAAAGUAUAUUUGUGUAAUUUAACAUUUAAUCGUUGCAGGUUUGCAUAAUAUUCUGAAUUUGCAUUUCACUGUUUUUAUUCAUUUUGAGGAAUACUGAAUCUGUUUUUAAGUGAGAUGAGUAAAUGCCUGCUCACGUUUAUAGAACUACAAUAACCAUCAUGUUUAUAAAGCACACACAACGCCUCUGCACUUUACUCACGAUUUCUUUUAACAUGGGGACAACAGAGGUGUCAGUUAAUACACUGGAAAACAAAGUAACUUGUGUUACUUAUUUGAAAAAGUUAUGUAACAGAUAUUGUGUUUUAAAUUUGAAAGUAAUCCUUACUUUACUAGUUACUUGAAAAAGGUAAUCCGAUUACGUAUGCGUUACCUCCCAACACUGUGAGUGUCGAAACAAUCAUUUUUUUUGUUUAACUUAAGCACAUAAAUUCUACGUCAAUUCUUCAAAUGUUGUGGAAAAAAUCAUUUGGAAGCACUUUUUGUUGAGAAAAAAGGCUUUAACUCAAAAAAAACAUUUACAUGACAGAAUUACUUCCAACUUCAUACACAGUGAAAUUAUUACCUAAUAAAAUGUAAAUUCUGAACAUUAUUUACUCUCAGUAUGGUUCCAUGAACUUUAUGUUGCCUAUUACAGUUGUAUGAGUCACUUCGGGGCAGCUUUUCUCUCAGGGAUUAAAAAUGGUUCAAAGAAUGAAAACAAAAACUGGAAACAAAAGUUUUUUUUGUUUUUUUUUGCAAAAUGUAAAACCGGAACACACUCAGUUUUAGUUAUUCAUACAUUAUUUUAAAAAGUGUGAAUUCACAGCAAAUUGUGAUGUUGAUUCAACAUUUGAAAAAUGACUGGUACUGACCUUUAUAACUGAAUCAAUGUCUCUGCAUAAGCAACAAUACGUUUUUAAUGUAUACCAUUUUAUUGGUAAAAGGACAAAUGGAUGAAAAUUUAGCAAACUUUGCAGUUUCACGAUAAUAUAACAGAGCAAGAAGUGGAUGGAAACUUGGCUACUGUUAUUGGUAGCUGCAUGCAUAAUCAAAUUAUGCAAAAUAUUUAUUAAACUAACAUGCAAAAAGUAGAACUUUGUGAGUUACUGAUAUUCCAGUUCCAAUUCAAAUCUGUGGAUCUUUUUGCUGAGUGUGGAUGCAGAUUCUGUCACUUAAAAGGAUAUAGUUCACCCAAAAAUGACAAUUCUGUCAUCAUUUAUAUAUUUCUUUCUAGUUUCUCCUUUGAAAAGAAGAUAUUUUGGAAAAGGUCUUUUUUGUCCAUAUGCUUAAAGUCAUUUGGACUCCACUGACUUUCAAAAUAUCUUCUUUUGUGUUCCAUGCAUAGAAGAAAGAAAUGCAUACAUGUUUUCUAUGGUAUUUUCCCCCCCAAAGAAGUCCCUUAUGCUUACCAAGACUGCAUUUAUUUGAUCAAAACAUAUACAGUAAAAACAGUAAUAUUGUGAAAUAAUAAAAUCUUUACAAUUAUUACAAGAAACAUUGUUACAGCAUCAUAGUUGGAAAAUGUUGUGCUGCUAAAUAUUUUUGUGGAAACUAAUGCAUUUUUAAAUGCAUUUAUAUAUAUAUAUAUAUAUAUAUAUAUAUAUAUAUAUAUGCAAAUUUAUUAGAAAUAUUUUGUUACUCUGUAAAUGUUUUUACUAUUAAUUUUGAUCAAUUUAAUGCAUCUUUGUUGAAUAAAAGUAUUAAUUUUUCUUUCAAAAUUUUUGUGCAAUUAUGCCUAAAUAUAUGAUUGCAUAGCAUUAGUAUUAGAAAUAGAAGAUAUAUGACCAAAUUUAGUCAGACAAUUCAUAUUCAUAGUAGGCAGAAGAUAAAAUGGCCUCUGUCUCUCCAGUUCUGCAGAUGGCAUUCUGAAAUAUACAUGCAGGAUUGAACCCUGUUCAGGUAUUGCAGGUUAAACUUAUGAAUACAGUUGUUACUAUAUUAGGAUAAUCUUAGAUAUGUAGCCCUGGGCUCUAUUUCAAUAAACAAUUGUUGCUUUAAUUAACCCGCUUAUUUGCUAUUGUAAUCUAUUUUUCUUUUUCCUGUUUAUGUAAGCUUGCCUGUUUAUCAUUAGUCUUCAUGAUCACAAAAUCCUAUUAAUAGGCCUGUGUGUUGUGUGUGACUGAGUGCUUGUCUGUCAGGUUACUCCAGUUUAAUAUCUCUGCCAUAACUGGACCAUCACUUGCACUUUGACCUCAUUGUUUUCUAAAUACUCCUACUCUAAAAACCAUUACCCUGUCUAAUUAUCAGAUGCUUUCAUUACUCAAUUCAGUAAUGCCUCAGCUCACCAUGGCAUCCAGUGGCUCAUGUUCUAUUUUUAUUUCAUUUUCUAAAUGUGGUUAAGUUGUUGGUCAGUCAGUGUCCAGGCCUCUGUGCUGUUCCUUUGAUACCAUUCACAUUACUGAAUGUGCUUCAUGGACAUGUGUAAUAAACAAACAUGAUUUCUUGA